UUUUUUGCUUAGAUCCACAAACGACGAUUAAAUAGCUUUAAAAUGCAUUUUGUUGUUGUGCUGACAAGUUUUUUAGCUGUUUGUAGCGCCAUAAACUUACCAGGUGUUCAAUUGGAUUUCACUGAGGAUGAUGAAGUGCUCUCAUUAAUUUCAGAUGAAGUAGCUCGCAAAUUCGCCAAAGAAUAUAAAGCUUACUUGAAAUCGAGUGUUGCAUCGCCUGUACUUCAGCAGAUCUCCAACCGAUUGGCGUCCAUACACUCUCAUAAGGAUAUUUUCACGAGGAAUGUCGUUGAUUUAGGUGCUGCAGAUCAAUUUGUCGUUUGCACAACCUGUCGUGCCACUAUGAGCGUUUUGGGUGACAUGUUUCGCGAUCCAGAAGGUGAGUUGAAUGGCCCGUCAGCGGAGGAGAAUGCCAAGAGUGUGGUGCUCGAUAUUUGUGAUCGUCUUAAGUUGUCAACGAAGGAAGUUUGCACCGGAUUAUUUGACUUGAAUUGGUCUAUUGUAGAAUAUAUCAUACACAAUACAGUAGCUGAUACUCGCAGCUUGUGCGGGACAUUACCCAUUAAUUUUUGUAAAGUCAAACAAACCGAGUAUAAUUUCAAACUGAAUAUCGAUGCCAGCGCACCUACGGUGGAGAGUUCCAAAAGCGACAUACCCGGCAAGAGUGGUUCAGAUCUUAAAAUAGUGCAGUUAACUGAUAUACAUUAUGAUCCCGAAUAUGAACCUGGCGCACUAGCUGAGUGUGAAGAACCGCUGUGUUGCCAACGUAGUUCAAAAACCGCUAGCGUUGAGUCUAGCAAACAAGCUGGAUACUGGGGUGACUAUCGUGAUUGUGAUUCGCCACUUCAUGUGAUUGAAAAUGCUUUCGAUCAUGUUCGUGAGACCCAUGCAAACGUGGACUACAUUUAUCAGACCGGAGACAUUGUCCCACACAUUUAUUGGGCAACCACUAAGGAGGGCAACAAAGCAAUGAUCACAAGAAUGCAUGAAUUAAUUGCGGAAAAGUUUCCCAACACACCCGUUUAUCCCAAUGUAGGAAACCAUGAGACGCAUCCAUCAAAUGUGUUUGGUGGCACCGACGCUCCUUCCGAAAUGAACGCCCAAUGGCUGUAUGAGCAUCUGUGGUCUCUUUGGUCCAGAUGGUUACCAGCAGAUGCAAAAACGACUGUUCUCAAAGGCGGCUACUAUACGGUUUCGCCGAAGACGGGGUUCCGUAUUAUUUCCAUAAACAGCAAUGAGUGUUAUCUCUACAAUUGGUGGGUCUAUCACAAUGGCAGCAUUGCUAUUGAACAACUUCAAUGGCUGCAUGACACUCUGCUCGCCGCCGAAAAGGCCAAUGAAUAUGUACACAUUUUGUCACAUAUCCCAUCAGGUGAUGCGGAUUGCUGGAAUGUUUGGGCCCGAGAGUUUAACCGUAUUAUUGAGCGUUUCAAUAAAAUGAUUGGUGGGAUUUUCACUGGGCACACGCAUGUGGAUGAGUUAAAUGUGCAUUAUACGUCGAAUGGGCAUGCAGUAGGCAUAUCGUGGAAUGGUGGCAGCUUGACGACUUACUCAAACAAAAAUCCUAAUUAUGUGGUCUAUGAGGUGGAGCCAAAGAGUAUGCAAGUUGUUGAUUAUGAAACAUGGAUUUUCGAUUUGGAGCAAGCUAACGUGCAGGGCAUGAGCGGUAAGCCGGAAUGGUUUAAGGAAUACAGCUUCACUGAAUUCACCAGUGAUCUUAGUCCUGCUCACCUAGAUUCAUUGUUAGACCGGCUGGCUGAGAAUCCGGAUUUAUUGCAAACGUAUUGGUUAUAUAAGCACACCACGGCCAGACCACGAGUGGAGAACGGUUGUGAUCGCAAGUGUUUGUCGAAAACUUUGUGUCGCUUGGCAGUAACUGUUUACGACCAACGGACACGUUGCAAACAAUUGCAAGCUAAGUUAGAAGCAAAUCUACCAGCGGUGACAACUGAAGCCCCGAGCACUGAAGCGUCGACGACGACUCAAAGGCCUGGCACUACUGAGAAGCCCUCCGGCAAUACUGCAGCUGAAAUAUUUGGCCCGCAUCUGGUAACAAUCAUGAUUGUUCUGCUUUUUGCUACAUUCCCACACUAAAAUCUUGAGAAUCCUUCAAAUAUGCUUUACAGUUUUCUUGCUAAGAAAUAUACAGAUUAACCGUAGAGCACAGAUUUGAAUAUUUUUAUACAGUGUGAUCAUUAAAACAUGCAAUAAUUUAAAAAAUACAGCACAUAC